AUGAAAGAAGGAGUUAUAUUUUGGCCAAUAGAGUUGCCAUUUUUUGUCAUUAUGUUACCAGUGUACAUAUAUCAAGCCUAUCUAACAUAUAAAGAGUACAAAAAGGAAAUACCAGCCUUCAAUCCUAUUUUUAAACCAAAACCUGUUGCAUUCUGUGUAUUUGCAAGUUUAGUAAUUGGAACCAUUUUUAGAAUAGUAACAUGUGCAUUAGUAGUUUAUUAUAAUGAAGCUGAACCAUAUUCAUAUCCAAUUAUGCAUACAGUAUUUAUGUUUUGUAUUACUUGUUAUAUAAUGGAAUGGUAUUUUAUCGUCUUUUUCUGGAUUAGUAUAGUCGUUGGCUUUUUGACUAAUCGUAAUGUACUGGAUAUGCAAAUAUUGGCACGUGUCGAAAUAUGGCUGUGGUCGUCGAUUGGCAUCCUAUGGCUAUACCACUUUAUGUUGGCUGCAUUCGAUUUCCAUGGCCGACAUUUAAUCAACGUCGAUGAUUUUUGGCGUAUUGGAUUCAAUGUAUUUGUAACUGAAAUGUUGGGUCUAUUCAUUUAUUAUUCAACUUUUCUAUUACGUAAAUUCCGUUCAACUGCUCAUGAUGAUUAUAUAUAUAAAAAGUUGAUUUGGUUUUUAGUUGUAUUUGCAAAUGUAGUCAUUGGAUCAAUAAUAUUAAAUUUCUUUUAUGUUUUUUAUGCAAGGGGUAGAGGGUAUUGGCAGUAUGGAUCCAAUCUCUUGUUCUUUGUGUGCGAGUUUGGGCAGGGUCUGGCAGUAUACCUAUUGCUCGGAAAGGGAUGGUUGGCUGAGCGAUUGAGCAAGUUGAUCGGUAUCCCAAGAUUCAAAAAUUCACAAGACAAGUUGGUCGAUGCCAACAAGACGCCAUCUGAUCCCAAACAACGUAUCAUGGGACUAGACUAUUUCUCAAACAGUACACAUGUACCUAGUAACAAAGCCGGCGGUGGUGGUGCAACAAACAUCACAGUCUCUUCUUCUUUUAGUCCAGAAUACUAUAAUUCACAUAUAACUCCUCAAAAUAGUUCACUUGAUGAAGAAUCAAAUAUUGCUUCUACUCCUCCACCACAACCAAAAAAUAGAAAUAAUAAUGGUGGAGGUGUUGAAUUGGAAAAUACAAACAAAAAAGAACAAAAAGAAGAGAAAUUGGUUGAUAUUAGUAGUGAUGAAAAUAAUACACCAAAAUUAAAUAGUAGCAACAACAAUAUUAAUACAACUAAUCAUAAUCAUGAUAACUUGUUAGAUUUAAAGGAAGGAUCAAAACAUAAUAAUAAUAAUAAUAAUAAUAUUCCAGAAAUAAUUUCCCUCACCACCAACACCACCAAUAUGACAUCCAAUGAUAUAUCUUUAGGAAAACAAGGAGAUGAUCAACAUUAUGAUCAUCAAUCUAAUUCACCUUCUCCUGGAUGUCCAAAUGUAUAG